UGAGAUCACGUGUUCGUGACACAUGCUUACAGGCAACAUGGCGGUUGUUUCUUGAACGACAAGAAAACUGAAUCACAUACUUGUUCUUUGGUAUCUGUGCGUCAUUCAAAGUUAAAAAUAUUGUUAGAAUAAUGCCUUUAUCAAGAGAGGAGGCUUAUGAGCUCUUGGAAUUGCCCGUUGGUACAGAUCAAGAUUCUAUACGAACUAGUUAUAAACGUUUGGCAACAAAAUGGCAUCCAGAAAAGAAUAAUAAUAAUCCUCAAGCACAAAAAAAAUUUCAGCUUAUAAGUACUGCUUAUAGAAGAUUAACUACAAAUGAUGAACGUCUUCAAAAUUUAAAUAAGGAACAGUCAUUAACAUUAUUUAAAGAAGUUUUAUUUACAAAAUCUAUGAAUUUUCAUAAUGGGUCAACGUAUGAUUCAUCAGAUGAUGAUGACGACGACGAUGAUGAUGAUGACAACGAUAAUGAUGAAUUUGACGAUGAAAGAUAUGCCAGUUUAUUUCCUGAUAGAUUUAAAUUAAAACAAGAUAUGAAAAAAGCUAAAGCAGGUUCAAUUAACAGUAAUAAACAUUUAUCUGUAGAACAAAUUAAUAAAAAUGCUGAAGAAUUAAUAACUGAAGAAGAAAAAGAAAAAAGAAGGGCUGAAAAACGUAGAGCUAAGAAAAAGAGGAGAAGAGAGAAAAAGAAACAAGAAAAAGUGGAUGAAAAACCAGAAGAUAAACCACAGAAAACAAAAGUAAAGGAUCCUAUAGAAAUUCCUGAAAAACAUAAUAAACCUAAAAAAGUAGAAAAAAAAGAAUCUGAUUCAUCAUCUGAUGGAGCGGAUUUUGAUCCUAAUUCAGCUUUUUUUACAAAAGUUAAAAAUAAAAAGAAAAACAAAAUGUCAUCUGUUGAUGUAAAAGAUAGACGAGGACAGGGAGGUAACUCAGAUGAUGAACCUGAUGACCUUGACCCUGUUGUUUUACGUAGUCGUCAGUUAGCUAUAAAAGGUAACGAGAUGGCUCAACAAGGUCAUUAUACUGCAGCUAUAGAACUUUUUACAGAAGCUGUUAAAUUAGACCCUCGUGAUUUUAGAUUUUUUGGAAAUAGAUCUUAUUGUUUUGAUAGAACUCAACAAUAUGAAAGGGCAUUAAAAGAUGCAGAAAAUGCUAUACGUUUAGCUGACAAGUGGGCAAAAGGAUAUUUUAGAAAAGGAAGAGCUUUAGCGGGGCUCCGGAUGUUUUCUGAAGCAGAAGAAGCUUUUUCUCAAGUUUUAAAAUUAGAUAAAAAUUGUGAAGAUGCUGUACAGGAACUUUUACGUGUCAGAACUUCACAAAUAAAAGAAAUGGGUUUUUCUAAAGCCCAAUCUGAGGCAGCAAUUAAACAAUAUGGUACUGUUCAAUCAGCACUAGAUAAUUUACUAGCAGGUGUAGCUGAAAAUGUAUUAGGAGGAGAGGUUUAUGUUUCAGAUGAUGAAUCAGGAUUUUCUUCACCAGUAACCCAAAGAAUACAUCAACUUAAAAUAGGCAAAGAUGAAAAAAUGGAUUUUAAAAAUCCAGAAGGCCUUACUGCUUUAUGGGUAGGAAAUGUUCUUCCAGACAAAGUUGAUGAUAAAAAAUUAUUUAAAAUUUUUUCAAGGUAUGGCAGUGUAACGAGUGUACGGUGUUUACCUGAAAAAUUUUGUGCUUUUAUAAAUUAUUCAACAAAAGAAGCAGCAGGGAAAGCCAUGCAUCAUUUACAGGCAUAUGAAUGUGGUGGCCAAAAACUUUUAAUAAAAUUUCCUGACAACCCUAUACUAAAUGGAACUGGAAACACCACUAUACGAAAAUCAAAUCCUCAUGGUACAAUUAUACUUCAAAAAACAAAACAACCACCAACUAAAGUUGUAGUACAGCCGACCCCAACUGCACAAGAGAUACAGAAACAGUCUGGACCUGUCAACGGGGAUGAAUGCUAUUUUUGGAGAACGACAGGUUGUUCUUUUGGUGACAAAUGUCGGAAUAAGCAUAACCCUUCAAGUAAAGGAUUAGAUAUGAAGCCUUGGCAAUUAAAGAAAUAGACGAAAAAGUCAUUAAGAAAUCUCUUUCUGCUUUCUGUUUUAAAUGAAUUUGAGUUCUGUAAAAUUAUGUUAAAUGUACAAGAAAUACAAUUUUUAGAAAAAGGAGGAAUUUCCUUACAAUUUUGAAACAGGAAAUAUCUUAUAUUUUUGAAGUUUCAAUAUCAGAAUCAUAUGUCCUUUUAGAAAUAUUCUCUGCCAUUUGUUAGGAAAAAAGUGACAAGAGUCUUUCAGUGAACAAAUAAAUAAUGGUUAAAGUGGGUUCAUCGAACUUUUUGAUGUAUUGUGAUCAGAUAAGUUUAAUAGUGGUUUCAACGACUAAUAAUAUCCUCAUGAAAUAAAUCAUAAUUAUAGCUCAAAAUUAAUGAUAGAAUGAGAAGUACACAUACAUCUUUUGUUGGCAAUACCAGAAAAGUAUCUUUUCUUUUGAAACUUGUAUUUCUUAUACAUAAAUAACAUCAUUAAGACUUAUAUCACUGAAUUGAUGUUAAAAUCAUCCAUAGGUAAUUACUGUUCGAAGAUAUCAUUGAUGAUACUUAAGUAUCUAAACUGUCUGUAUUGCAAAAUCCUCUGUGUUUUUUUUUCAAAGAUCUGUAUUAGUAAAUAAUAGAAUUGUUUGUGUGUGAUGUUAUAACUGUAAAUCACCAAAAACAUUCUUUCUUAUGAUGGAAUGAAAUGUUUUAUCUGGCCAGUGACAUUUCCAUAUUUGCCAAAUAUUUUGUUAUGUUUUCUUAAUUAACAUCCUGGUAUCUUCCCAACUGCUGUUAUUUUAUUAGAAGAUGAGUUUUACAUUCAGAAAAAGAUUAGGGAAAUUUAUUAUCUCAACAAUUUUUUUCUUGAAAUGGAUAGAAAAGUUGUUUUAAUUUUUUAAUUUUUGCAGUAGAAUUUUUUGUGAAUUUUCAAAAGCUUGCAGUUAAUUUUGUAAUUUGUGUAGAUUUUUUUUAAAUACCAGUUGGUAUAAUCUAGUAAAACUUAAAUGAGUAUGGGGAUAGUUGCUUGUUCAAACAUUUUAAAUCAGCCCUGUGGAUUCAAUUUUAUUCAAUACCAAUUUUCUAGGGAUUCAUUGUUGUAGGUAAAGCAUGAAUUUAGAUGUUAAGAUAAGGAAGUGCACAUUUUCUAAUGGUCUAUUUGGAGACUUGCAAAACCACAUACAAAUAAGAUAUCCACAAAAAUAUAUGAAUUCACAGUAAAUGAACAUUUGAUGGCAUUUCAUAAGAAUAACACCAUGCUGAAGUUAGCAUAUAAGAUAAACUUUUUUAUCUGUUUUCAGGAUGAUUGUUUUUUGAACCUUUGUAAAUGUUUUACAAAAGCACAUGUAUAUGUCUGAAUAUCAUAAUUAACAUUUCAAGGUCAACUAAAAAUAGAUGUUUGACCAAUCUUCUCAUUUAUGGAUUUGGUAUAAAAUUAAAACAUUUUAUCUACACUCAGGUUGCUGAAAGUUAAAACAUAUCAUUUGAUAUUCUAUACCAGACUGGGAGGAUAACUUUGCAUGUAUAAUUGUCUGAAUGGGUGUUGGUUACUGAAAAUCUGAAAAUUAUAAAAGUUUCAUAUAGAUAAUUGGAAGUUCAAUGGAGUUGUAUUUAUAAGCAUUUAACAAAUUCAAGUCCAAUGUUGGCUGGGAAAUGUUCCAUGAUUUUUCAUAAGAAAAUGUAAAACAUUGUUCAACACAUGUGUUAGAAAUCUGUAUUAGUUUGAAAUGUAUGUUAUAAGUAAUUAGAGGAAUAUAAGGGGAAGGAACAUAGACAAUUAAGUUUUGCUGUAGACAAAAUAUGACAUCUACAUACCAUCCGAAAGCACCUCCCAUUUAAAUAAAUUAAGAUGAGGAAAAAUGUUUUUAUUGACAACUUUGAAUUAUUUAUGAUGUUGCAGUUUGGUUAGAUAAACUAUCUUUUAUCCUGAAUUAGCAUGAAAAUUUACCGCAAGACAUUAAACAAGUACUUGCCAAUUGAAUUAGGCGUAUACAAUAUGGAAAUCAGUUACUGUACCUACCUAACUGCUUUUGUUUAUUUUGGAAAUUGUUCAAUGGCCAUUAACAUUUGGAUUUGUAAAAUGAAGUAAGGAAUAAUGGGCAUUAUGUAUUAUUAGCAUUUUAUAAGGAUAUUUGAAUUACUUGAAGUUUGUUAGUGUUUAAGCUAUAAUGGAGAGAGUGUUCUAGAUGCACAUGUACUUUCAAGACCAUUAAAUAAGUAAUUUUGGGGAUAUUAUUUUAAGAAUUCAAUAAUAAAGUCACUAAGCCGUUUUGAUGAUUUGACAACAAAACACUUUUAAAAAUCAUCUUUUUUAACACAAUCAAUAAUUUUUCUUAUCAAUACUUUUCAUCUAUGUGAUUAUGAAACCAGAAUGAAGCAAUUUAUAACUGUACCGCUCUUAACGAAUAUACAACUGACAUAUAACUUAUUUAAAUAGAAUCUCAAGAGAAUAUAUGAAAUGGCUAAUGUAUUGUGCAGCUAAAGGAAAUUCAUCAAAAAAUGUUCUGUUUCAUUGAAAACAAAUUGUUAUUAAGGUUGUAUAUUUUGAGUGAUGACCAUUAUUUUUAGUUAUCAGAUUUUUUGACCAGAACCAAGACUCAGUAUCAGCAUUAUAAUUUUAGCAUUGUUUGUGUUUUAUAUGUUAAGUUUCUCCAAAAACAUCAUAUUAUCUUCACAAUUUGGUUUUGGGUUAACUCUAGUCAUAAUUCUGACUUAUCAUUAAAAUUAUAAUAAAAAGAUCAGGACAAAUUUAUUAAUUAACUGUUUACUUGAAAUCAAAUCCUGACCAUGUUGAUUUUAGUCAAGUUUAAUAAAUGCAGUGUAAGUUUCUCAUUUAGUUUCAUAAGGUAUUGCAGAGAAGGCAUGGUUUCAAAUUUCAUAAAAAUGGAAUACUGUGGAUUUGUUUAUUUGUUCCUUGGUUUAAUGGGAAAUAAAUGUUGUUGUUUUGUGGAUACUUGAUAAUCAUGGUUUUGACAAAUUCUGCUUUCAAGCUCAUAGGCAAUUUAUAUUUUGUUGAACUUGUAAAUUGGUAUUUCACCGUUACCUAGGAAAUCCAUGAAAAAUCAUUACCCAAAGAAUAAUAAUGAAUCCACAGUACUUAUUUUAUCAUUGAUUUACAGUAUUACAUUUGAACUGUGAUAGUUUAUCUUGUUCUAGUUGAAAAUAAGGCAAUAAUUCAGUCUGAUUUAAAUAAGUCCAUUUGAUAUGUAACUUUGCUGCAUGUGGAUAAAAGGUAAUCAUCCUUAUGCAGCAAAGAAAUAUCUAAGAACCUGAUUUAAAUCAGACCGAGCAAUAAGAUAAUCUUAUUUUUGUACUGUAAAUGGAAUUUUUUCCAUAAUCAUGCUGGGUUUUAAAGAUUUUUCUGAACAGUAUUAAAAAUUACAAUGUUUGGUUUUUUUUUAAGCCAAAAUUUGAUACUCAGUUGUAAGAAUUGCUCUGUAUUGCUAAAUGCCAAUGUUUUUUUUCCAUAAAUAAGUUGAUGCUUUCAAAUACCAAAGGAAUAGAUAUCCAGUUAUAGCAGAUUUAUUUGCCAAAAAUUGACUUAUUGCUUAUAACAGUUGCAUAUCAGAUGAAAAAAAAUGUUUUAUUAUAAUUAUGUAGGAAAUUUUUUUUUUUUUUUUUCAUCUCUUGAUUGAAAGUUGAAUUUUGUAUCACUCGACUACAAACCUCAUGGUAAACUUUAACAGUUUUAAGUUAAUGAUUUUAAAUCUUUCUUGGUAAUAUUUUGAAAAAAAUGUCACUGGUAAACAGGGUUCCAGACAAUAUUACUGGUAUAAUUUUUGGGUUUGUUUAUGUACAACCAAUGAAAUAAUCUUAGGUCCUGAAGGUCAAAUCAGGCAAAAUCUAUUUCUAAGGGAACAUUUUACAUACCUGAAAAGGACAAUGUUUCUAUCAUUCUGUCUCUAUUUUUAUAUGCACAAUUUGAAAAACAUGAUUUUCCUCAGGAAAUAUAGCUCCAGACUCUGGACUAAUUAAGCUUUCAUGCUUAUAUAAAGAAAAUGGUUUCUGAAGUCAUGACCUAUGAAACAUGUGAUCUUAUAGGUUUACAAAGUUUAUUUUACUUUUUAACAUUCUAAAGGGAAUCAGACACGUAUUAAAUUAUCAUUCUGAAGCAAAUCAGUUACUGUGUCCGAACAGUAUAUUAGAUACUUUUAGAAAUGUUUAUAAUUGACAAUUUUAUUUUCUUGGGACGUUUUUUAAUCAUUUUAAAAACUGUUAACUAACGAUAUCUGUUGUUACGUUUUUGAGAAAAAUGUACAUUGUAUUUGUAUAAAUAUGUACUAUAUGUGAUAUCAUAAAGAAACUCAUGCAAUCUC